CUUGAUAAUGAAUGGGAGUGUAGUCCGGAUGUCAACACAGCACGGGAGUUGUCCAAAGUCGAUAUUUUUCGCCAGCUACCACUUUCAAGUACGAUCGCCGCCCUUUGUACUCGAUGCAAAGACCUCCAGCAGCGGCUCUGGUCCCAUCGAUUCUUCUUUUCUGAUAACAUCGAAGCACUGGCGAACAGGGCAGAAGUAUGCGAUUUCUGUCGCCUAAUUUACGCUUCACUUGAAUCUCUCGGAGCCCAGACCUACGGGCAGAUACAGUUUGAAAAGUUCAACAGCUAUUUGACGUCAAGUGUAAGACCUAGACGGCCAGUUGCGGUCUUUUACAGUCGGCCAGACAAGCCCUUAAGUGGUGCACAGAUGGGAAUGCCAUUCCUUCCGGCUGCCGGCAGUCCGGCGCACAUCGCAGUAUUAUCGACGUGGAUGCGUGUCUGCGACGAUACGCAUGAUUGCAGCCCAACAUCAGACGACACCUUUCUUCCAACACGAGUUAUCGAUGUCAGAUCUGAAGGCUUUGAAUCAUGCCGAUUGCUUUGCGCGGAUCGUGGGCAAACGAACCCAGGAAAGUAUCUCGCGCUAUCGCAUCGAUGGGGGGCACCGGACCAACACAAGAAAUUCUGCACUCUGAAGGAAAAUCUGGGAAGCUUCAAAAAGAGGAUCAAGAUUACGGAGCUCCCGCAAACCUUUCAAGAUGCCAUCAAAGUCACACGAGGCCUUGGUAUUGAAUAUCUUUGGAUUGAUUCGCUCUGCAUCGUCCAAGAUGAUCCUCGAGACUGGGAGAGGGAAUCUCGGUUAAUGGAACAGGUUUACAGUUCAGCAUACGCGACUCUGGCAGCUAGCUGCGCAAGUGGUACCGAGGACGGCUUUUUGAGAUCUCGGCCGGGGAGACAUUGUGUUACAUUAGAGUCCGACAGGGGCUCCUACUACGUCUGCACCUCUUUAGAUGACUUUGGGCGUGAUGUUGAGCAGGGAGAGUUGAACAAGCGGGCUUGGAUUCUGCAAGAACGAGCUCUAUCCCGUCGCACAAUCUAUUUCUCAGAAGAUCAGACGUACUGGGAAUGUGGAAGGGGUGUGCGGUGUGAAACUAUGACGAAAAUGAGGAACCGAAAAGCCUCAUUUCUGGGAGACUCAGACUUUCCCCACUCCAUUGACACCUACGUACGCGGAAUGAAGAUUGAGCUUUAUCAAGAUCUCUACCAGAAGUAUUCGGGGUUAGCACUUAGCAAUAUUGGUGACAGGCCAGUUGCCAUUCGCGGGCUUGAAACGCGCCUCAUCCGCACUUUCAAAACUGUUGGCGCUCAUGGAGUUUUUGACACAUUUUUUCAUCGAUGUCUGCUGUGGCAAAGAGCAAGCCGAUGCCUAAGUCGGAUCAAGUCAGAACUGCUUAGGGGAGUUUAUGUUCCAUCCUGGUCAUGGAUGGCUUACAACGGUGAGAUUAGGUACAUGAAUGUUCCCUUCAACAAUUAUUCUUGGGAAGCGGACAUCAUCUCCCCGUUUCGAGCUUGGUCAGAUCAAAGGAUGAGGGAGAGAGGUGAAAGAGAGGGCGCAUGCGAGAUCAAGGCGCCUAUAUGGGACUUCCAGGGCUCUAAUGGCCUUCUGCUGGAGCUUGACAAUCCAGAUAGAAUGCUCUCGAACCUCAAGUGUGUCAUUGUGGCGAGAAGGAAAGACUUGCAAGGCAACCCCCAACAGUCACACUACAUAAUUGUUGUUGAGUGUAUAGAAAAUGACGGACUCAGCGAGGUGUAUGAGAGAGCUGGUGUUGCGGAGGUUAGGAGAGAGCAGAUUGCAUUCAACAAGGGAAGUCGGAGCGGCGUUCUUAGGUGACCUUAGGACAUGGCAAUAAGCUGGAAACUGCCUUCUAUCUUUGACGCGUAGUUUAAAUUGCAUGUAAGCCGAAUCGGGCUCUGAGGCAUGAUGCUUCGUCCCUUCUUGAUGUUUGUGAUGCUGCUCGUAAUCUUGUAC